AUGGAUUUCAGACACCUGGAAUGCCGUCUUUGUCGUCUGACUUCGAGAAAUGAGGAUAUCAAAAAAAUGCUUGAUAGCAACAAAGAUAACCUCAAGUUGACUGCCAUGCGACGCGUUAUUGCUGUAAAAAAGUUGGUUUAUGCCUACCUGACGCGUUAUGCUGAGGAGCAGCAAGAUCUUGCUCUCCUCUCAGUUUCUACUUUUCAACGCUCCCUUAAGGAUGCUAAUCAGUUGGUGCGUGCAUCGGCUUUGAGAGUGCUCUCAUCCAUCCGCAUUUCUGUCAUCGCGCCGAUUCUCAUGUUGGCUGUGCGUGAUGGAGCCGUCGACUUGUCGCCGUACGUGCGUAAAACUGUUGCACAUGCCAUACCUAAACUUUACAGUCUUGAUCCUGAGGAAAAGGAGCCUUUGGUGGAGGUAAUCAGCAAGCUGUUUGAGGAUAACUCAACCAUUGUUGUUGGUAGUGCAGUUCAGGCUUUCGAGGAUGUCUGCCCCGAGCGCCUUGAUCUCGUCCAUAAGCACUAUCGAAAGCUGUGCAACCUGCUAAUGGAUGUGGAUGAAUGGGGUCAAAUUGCGAUUAUCAAUAUGCUCACUCGAUACGCACGUGCACAAUUCCCCAACCCAAAGACUUGCUUGGAGAGCGCAGCUGCUGUUAGUAUGAGCAGAGGUGAUGCUACGUUGAACAUUUUUCACAGCAAGUCUGCUCCACCCGGCGAGGAUAGAGCGUGUGCUGGGAGUUUGAGGGAAGGAGAGGACGACGAUGAUGAUUACGACGACAAUGAUAUUGAUGGAAGUGGGAGUGAAAGGUCGAAGAAGAAGCGGUCGGGAUGUUCCAUCGAUCCCGCUGUGGAAGCCAUGUUGCGCGCUGAUUAUCACCUGCUCAUCACAGCCAGUCGACUCCUGCUGUUUAGCCACAAUGCUGCCGUAAGCUAUUCUGAGAAACUGUCGGUUUUUUGGCAUUUAUCUGUUCUUACCUGCCCAUUGGAUUCCCCAGGUGGUCAUCGCUGUGGCGCAACUCUUUUAUCACUGCGCACCAAAGGAGGAAAUGGGGGCUGUCGUAAGGGCUCUCAUGCGCAUUCUGCGCUCCACAAAGUAAGCUUGUCGUUAUACUUUUUUCGGUUCAUUCUAUCUCAUUAUCUCAAGAAAGGUAAAGAAAUUGAACAUGUCGUGCUCUCAAACGUAGCUUCAAUGAGCCUACUCCACCCCAAUCUCUUUGAGCCGCACUUGCGCAUAUUCUUCGUAUUCAACAGCGAUCCCAUACAGGUCAAACUGUUGAAACUGGAGAUUCUUACUAACCUUAUCAAUACCUCAACAAGUUCUAUUAUCCUUCGUGAGUUUCAGUUGCGAAUUGGGAGAAAAUAUUCGGGAUUGGGCCUUUUGACAAAUUCAUUACAUUCUUCAUGUUGUCUAACUCUAGAGAAUCUUGUGGCGGAAAGCGUUGUGGUGAUGCGCAAACUUUUGCAAAUGCAGACCACGGAUCACAAGGAUGUGAUUGUCCACAUCGCCCAAAUGGUAGAGGAGAUCACUGUGCCCUCGGCCAGAGCAUCGAUUCUGUGGCUACUGGGAGAGUACGGUUAUCGCGUGCCCAAAAUCGCUCCAGACGUCCUCCGCAAGAUGGCCAAGUCUUUCCCCAAGGAGCAUGUCGCCGUUAAACUUCAGAAGCCUGAGCUCUCCUACCUGGCUCGCAACGUGAAAAAAAUUCUCCUGGCUGCCAAACCUGCUCCAGUUCUUCGCUCCACCUACGCUGAGAGUAUCUUUGCUUAUGUGCCUGCAGAUCGUCCGACCUUUCGACUGGGUUCCAUGUCGCAGCUACUGGGCCGAGGUAUGGCUAAGUACAAGGAGCUGCCGGAGUGGCCACUGGUGCCGCCAGAUCCUACGACGCGAUGUGUCAAUGUGGCUCCGCUUCAAUCCCACACCGGUGCUUCCUCCGACCACUCCGGUCAGAGUCUGAGCAUCAGUCAACAGGAGACCGAGGACGAGGAAUCCAUCGAGGACGACGAAGAGGAAGGGGUGUCUGGAAGUGAAGAGGCGGAGGCAGAGGAUGAUGAGAAUGAGGAGAGUGAGAGCGAUUAUGCGAUUAAAGGAAAAAAUGGGCAUGACAGUGAUACUUUCCCAACGGAAUCUAAUUCCGAAUCCGAUCCUUUACCGCUGAAAAAAAUCGAGUCUCGUGAGUCUCUUUCUACUGAGUCAUCUCUAGAAUCGGACGAGGACGAAGGGAAUGCCGCAGUAAUUCAGAGAACUAAGAAAGAAUCAGCUCCAGUCCUCUUACUGGAUUUCGAUUCUCUGUCGAUGCCAAUGGUGGGCAGUGCUCGAGGUAAUUGGCCAUCGUUGGGGCAUCCACUUAUCCCUAAUGUGGUUACUCCUUCUUCCCAAACCUGCCCUCCGACAGAUGCCAUGCUUCCGGGUGAAGUGACAAUCGAGGUGAGGUCAUCGAGGUUUCACAGGACUGCCGAUUAUGUCCUUUGCCUGCUUCUUACUGCAUCGUAUUCAUGCCACAUGCAGUUGAGCAUUCCUUCCCACGAGUUGUCAUCGCCCGCGUGGUUCUUUGUUACGCCCGCCUAUGCAGAGCCCUUGUUGGUGGAGGCACGUUUCGCCCGCACCGUCUCGGUGUUCGGUCCACUUCAGACGAACGUCGAACUACGCCUCACCAACCGCAGCAUCGCACCUCCACACCGCCUCCAUCGACUGCGCCUUGACACCUCCGAUGCCACUGCAAUUGUUUUUUCGUCCCCUCGCCCAGCUGGCAACUUGGCACACAUCGUUCAGCUCUUCACCGAAGUUGGUGGGUCCCCUACUCCAGUCUUCUACAACCUGGUAGUAUCUUACGUGAUUGCAAAGUGCGUCCUUGUCAUCAGAAUCCUUAGAGGUGGGCGCAAGUACCAGCGUGUUCAUGGGAGUGGACUUUUGCAACUCCACACAGCCUCUGCGCUUUUGUCUGAGGUACCAGUUUAA